AUGGAAGAGGAUGAAGAAGAUGAUAAUUGCUUGGAUGACUGGUGGGCUAUGGCUGAUGCUUUAGCUGCCAAUGAUGAUGAUAAUAAGCUAGAAAACAAUAACAAUGAUAACAAUCCAUGUUUGGAAUUGAAGUCUUCGCCAGAGCAUGAACCUAUUGUUCAAUUCGAUUGUAAUUCAUGUAAUACAGGUUCUUAUCAUGAGAAUUUGAUGCAGGGGAGAAGGGUGCCACUGUGA